GUGGCGGCGGAGGAGGUUUCUACUCCAGCGGGAGAAGCUCAAAGCAGUUUGGCGGUACCAUGGGAACAGGUGGAGAGGGUGGAAAAGGAUUUCUCCAGGGAGGGGUGGGAGGUAGAGCUAAUGUUAACAAUGUUGUUGGUGGAUUUGGUGGAGGUGCAGGAGCUUAUGGAAAUGGAGGAGGUGGGGGAGGAGGAGGAGGGUACUCUGGAGGAAGCAGUGGAGAUAAUGUGAGAGAUUCUUGUGGAGGCGGUGGAGGAUCUUACAAUGCUGGUAAAAAUCAACAAAACGAAUGUUGCUAUCGAUCAUCUGGCCAUGGUCAGCUUGCUGCUGAUACAUACAAUGCCUUUCUUACAAACCUCAAUGCCAGUGGAAGAUUUGGUCCAACGACGCUGGGCAGUCACUACACAGGUCAGGAUCAUGACGGACAAGUUACAAUGUCCAGCGGUAUUCAACAGUGGACUGUGCCGUACACUGGCAACUACAGAAUAGAAGCAAUUGGAGCUGUAGGAGGGUACGAUGUGCACACUAACAGUGCUCUGGGCCGCGGAAGAGGAGCAAGAAUGAUUGGAACAUUCAGUUUAAACAAGAGUGAAGUCAUUCAGAUACUUAUCGGUCAAGAAGAAGGAAUAAACAAGGAAAGUUAUUCUUCUGGCGGUGGUGGAGGUACAUUUGUAGUGAUAGGAGCCAACAAAUAUUUGAUUAUAGCUGGGGGUCGAGGAGGCAUAAACUAUCUAGGGUCAAGGCAUUCAGUAUGUGAUGCUGGUAAUGGUUCUUCAGGAAAUCGUGGGUACAAAUCCUGGACAGGGGGGAGCAAUGGACAUUGUGCACAAGAGGCUGAUACUGGCAGAUCAGCUAAGUGGUUUAUCUCGAUAUGUCAUUAA